AAACGUACGAUCAAAUUCAAUCUCUCUCUCUUCCGAUCAAUGGACUAAAUCAAACUUUUGAUUUUCCGGCGAUGUCGACGUCACAAACUCUCGGCGGCGCCACACGUUGUGGCCGGAUCAUAGGUCCAUCAUUAGACAAGAUCAUAAAAAACGCUGCGUGGCGUAAACACACGUACCUUGUCUCUUCAUGUAAAUCCGUUCUCGACAAGCUUGAAUCUCUUCCCGACGACUUUCACGAUCCUUCCUCCGUCGUCUCCGGCCUCGCCGCAUCAGAUGCAGAUUCCGUUCUCCAACCUUUUCUCUUCUCUCUCGACACUGCUUAUUCAAAAGUCGUCGAGCCAUCUCUAGAUUGUGCUUUUAAACUCUUUUCUCUCUCAAUCCUCCGUGGUGAGAUCCAAUCCUCAAAACAAGAUUCAAUCCUCUUCAAGCUCGUCAACGCCGUCUCCAAAGUCGGAGCUAUAGCCGAAGAACCGAUUCAACUCGCUGUUCUUCGAGUUCUCCUCGCCGCCGUUAGAUCUCCAUGUAUUUUGAUCCGGGGUGAUUGCUUGUUACACGUUGUCAAGACUUGUUACAAUAUUUACCUCGGUGGCUUGAGCGGCACGACACAGAUCUGUGCUAAAUCGGUCUUAGCUCAGAUGAUGCUUGUGAUCUUCACAAGAUCUGAAGAAGAUUCGCUCGAUGUUUCUGUCAAAACGAUUUACGUCAACGAGCUAUUAACUUUCACGGACAAGAGUGUUAAUGAAGGAAGCUCUGUUUAUUUCUGUCAAGGGUUUGUGAAUGAAGUCAUGGCUGCAGGACAAGGAAGUCCUCUUCCACCUCCUGAUGUGAUUCAGAUUCUGUUGCAAAAUCCGGAGACUGAAACCGUUAUGACUCCGGAUUCACCGUCGUUCCGAGGAUACGUAGCAAACGGAGAAGGUGAUUCCGAGACCGGUGACAUGAGUAAGAUGAGACAGGACGCUUUUCUUCUGUUUAAAAACUUGUGUAAAUUGUCCAUGAGGUUUUCGUCGAAAGAGAACAAUGAUGAUCAGAUCAUGGUGAGAGGUAAGACUUUGUCUUUGGAGUUGCUUAAAGUCAUUAUUGACAAUGGUGGUUCUGUUUGGCGCUCUAAUGAAAGCUUCAUCAACGCCGUUAAGCAAUACUUAUGCUUAUCACUACUGAAGAACAGUGCGGUAUCAAUCAUGUCGAUAUUUCAAUUGCAAUGUGCUAUCUUCAUGAGCUUGUUAUCAAAGCUUAGAUCAGUCUUGAAAGCGGAAAUCGGCAUUUUCUUUCCGAUGAUUGUCCUCCGUGUUCUUGAGAAUGUUCUUCAACCUAGUUACUUGCAGAAGAUGACUGUUCUCAACUUGCUAGAUAAAAUGUCGCAAGAUCCGCAGUUGAUUGUUGAUAUCUUUGUAAACUACGACUGCGACGUGGAGUCUUCAAACAUACUUGAAAGGAUUGUCAACGGUCUUCUCAAAACUGCUCUAGGACCACCCACCGGAUCAUCGACAACGCUCUCUCCUGCUCAAGAUAUAACAUUCAGGAAUGAUUCUGUAAAGUGUUUGGUUAAUAUAGCCAAGGCAAUGGGAAAUUGGAUGGACCAGCAGUUGAAAGUGAAUGAGACGGUUUGGCCUAAGGGCUCACAAGUUUAUGCUUCUAUGGACAGUAAUUCAGGCCAGAUUGGUGAAUUAGAAGGAACUAUAUCUGACUGUGAUUCACAGCCAGAUACUAGUAAUCCAGAAGCUUAUGAUGCUUCUAUGCUUGAGCAACGAAGGGCUUACAAAAUUGAAUUGCAGAAAGGUAUCUCUCUGUUCAAUAGGAAGCCGUCGAAAGGUAUCGAAUUUCUCAUAAGUACCAAGAAAAUAGGUAGUUCUCCAGAGGAAGUGGCUUCGUUUCUGAUGAAGACUGCAGGGCUAAAUGGAACUGUGAUUGGUGAUUAUCUUGGUGAAAGAGAGGAACUUCCACUAAAAGUUAUGCAUGCAUAUGUUGACUCAUUUAACUUCGAAAAGAAGGAUUUUGUCGAAGCGAUAAGGUUCUUUCUACGCGGCUUUAGGCUACCAGGAGAAGCACAGAAGAUUGAUCGAAUCAUGGAAAAGUUUGCAGAACAUUACUGGAAAUGCAACCCUGGUUCUUUUACUAGUGCAGACACUGCUUAUGUUCUUGCAUACUCUGUGAUAAUGCUCAACACAGAUGCACACAACAACAUGGUUAAGGAUAAGAUGACGAAAGCUGACUUCGUCCGCAACAAUAGGGGGAUAGAUGAUGGAAAGGACUUGCCUGAAGAGUAUUUAGGUUCUCUAUAUGAUCGAGUUGUGAAAGAAGAAAUCAAGAUGAACUCCGAUACUUUGGCCCCGCAAAACAAACAGGUGAAUGGCUUGAAUAAACUAUUGGGCCUAGACGGCAUUCUCAAUCUGGUUUCUUGGAUGCAACCAGAUGAGAAACCUCAUGGUGCCAAUGGACGUCUUAUAAGGGAUAUUCAGGAACAGUUCCAAGCUAAGCCAGAGAAAUCAGAGUCAGUUUAUCAUACUGUUACAGAUAUUUCGAUCUUGAGAUCCAUACUCGAGGUCUCCUGGGGACCGAUGCUUGCUGCAUUUAGUGUCACUCUUGACCAGAGUGAUGAUAGACUAGCAACUUCUCUUUGCUUACAAGGCUUCCGAUACGCGGUUCACGUCACUGCAGUUAUGGGAAUGCAAACUCAGAGAGAUGCUUUUGUUACUUCCAUGGCCAAGUUCACUAAUCUUCAUUGUGCUGCUGAUAUGAAGCAGAAAAAUGUUGAUGCUGUAAAAGCGAUAAUAACAAUAGCCAUAGAAGACGGUAACCAUCUACAUGGCUCUUGGGAACAUAUUUUAACUUGUCUUUCACGUAUUGAACAUUUGCAACUCCUUGGAGAAGUAUCGCCAUCAGAGAAACGUAACAUCCCUACAAAAAAAACUGAGGUAGAUGAAAAGAAAGCUUUGGGGUUUCCAAAUUUAAAGAAACGUGGAUCUUUUCAGAAUCCAUCUGUUAUGGCUGUUGUUAGGGGAGGUUCUUAUGAUAGUACUUCACUUGUUAAAAGUGUUCCCAAACUAGUUACUCCGGAGCAGAUCAAAAGUUUCAUUUCAAAUUUGAAUCUACUUGAUCAAAUAGGCAAUUUUGAGUUGAAUCAUGUCUAUGCUAAUAGCCAAAGGUUGAACAGUGAAGCUAUAGUUGCUUUUGUGAAAGCUCUCUGCAAAGUCUCCAUGUCAGAACUUCAGUCACCAACAGAUCCUCGUGUCUUCAGCCUCACGAAACUAGUCGAAACAGCGCAUUAUAACAUGAACCGGAUCCGAUUAGUUUGGUCCCGCAUAUGGAAUGUGCUCUCUGAUUUCUUCGUAUCAGUCGGCUUGUCAGAGAAUCUCUCUGUUGCAAUAUUUGUCAUGGACUCUCUUCGCCAGCUUUCCAUGAAAUUCUUGGAGCGUGAGGAGCUUGCAAACUACCAUUUCCAACAUGAGUUUCUUCGACCAUUCGUGGUUGUUAUGCAGAAAAGCAGUUCCGCGGAGAUUAGAGAGCUAAUAGUCCGAUGUGUUUCUCAAAUGGUUCUUAGUCGAGUUAGUAAUGUAAAAUCUGGUUGGAAAAAUGUCUUCACGGUCUUUACAACUGCUGCGGUCGAUGAGAGGAAGAACAUUGUACUGUUAGCUUUUGAGACAAUCGAGAAAAUCGUGCGGGAUCAUUUUCAUUGCAUAAUCGAGACAGAGAUAACGGUAUACGCAGACUGCAUUAGAUGUCUCAUCACCUUCACAAACAGCAAGUUUGAAGGUGACAUUGGCUUCAACACCAUAGAAUUUCUUCGUUUCUGCGCUUUAAAGCUUGCAGAAGAAGGACUUGUCUUGAAUGAGAAACUCAAGAACAAUACUAUCUCAGCGUUAAAGGAAGAUUCUUCUGAUACACAGAUUUUUACUGACCUUGAUGAACAAGUAUCCUAUUGGGUUCCUCUGCUUACAGGUCUAUCUAAGCAAGCCUCAGAUCCGAGACCAGCAAUUCGAAAGCGUUCCAUAGAAGUAUUGUUCCACAUUCUGAUGGACCAUGGUCAUCUUUUUACAAGACCCUUUUGGACUGGAAUCUUCAGCUCUAUCAUUCUCCCAGUUUUCAACAACAUACGAAGUAAAACCGAUAUGCUAUUCGAAGAAAAUGUUGAUUCGCCAUCCUCGGCUUCUCUAGACACCGAAGAAACUACAUGGGACGCUGAGACAUCAACACUUGCAUUGCAGCUUCUCGUUGACCUACUGAUUAAAUUUUUCAGAUCCGUGAGAUCUCAGCUUCCAAGCGUUGUGUCAAUCCUCAUAGGGUUCAUAAAGAGUCCUUUUCAAGGCUCUACAGGCUCUGGAAUCUCUGUUUUGCUUCAUUUGGCUGAUGGAUUGGCUCGUAGUGCCUCUGAAGAUGAAUGGAGAGAUAUUUUCUUGUCUCUCAAGGAAGCAGCCUCGCUGACUUUUGCCGGUUUCAUGAAAGUCUUGAGAACAAUGGAUGAUAUCGAAGAUAUUGAGACAGUUUCUGGUGAAAGCGUAAACAAAGAUGAUCUCGAUGAUGACAGUCUUCACAUCAUGUCGUAUGUUGUCUCCAGAACAAAGAAACACAUUGAUGUCCUGUCUCAAAUCGUCGAGGUUGUGAGUGAUUUAUACAGAAAAAACCAAUUCUCUUUAUCCGCAUCACACGUGGAUAUCCUCGCAGACAUUUUCUCGUGCAUCGCGUCUCACGCACAGCAACUAAACACUGACACAGUCCUUCGAAGGAAGUUCAAGAGAGCAUGCUCGGUCCAAAACCUAACAGAGCCUCAACUACUUAACUUCGAGAACGAGGCUUAUAAAUCCUACAUGAUGUUCCUACAAGACAUGGUCACUUGCAAUCCAAACGUCUCCAAAGAACUCGAUCUCGAGUCUCGUCUAGUCACUGAAUGCGCAAAAGUCGUGAAGAUAUACCUUAAAUGCACAGAUCCACAACAACAACAACAAAGAAAACCGGUCCUAUGGGUUCUUCCGAUGGAAUCAGAUCGUGUAGAAGAAGCAACGGCGAGAACUUCCCUGCUUGUUUCUUCACUCGAAGCCUUGUGCUCAUUAGAAGCAGAGUCUCUGAAAAGACACGUGUCCAGCUUCUUCCCUUUGUUGGUAGAUCUUGUGAGGACUGAGCAUUGCUCUCCACAAGUUCCGUACGUGCUAAGCAAUGUUUUGAAAUCAUGCAUUGGUCCUAUUCUGGCUUAGUCGCUUGCUUGUGGCUUAAGUAAUUCACUAAUCUGUGUUUCUUCCACUUUUUUUUUUUGGGGUUUGGCUGUCUACCCGAAUAAAUUUUGGCCAUAGAUGUUUAUGUUGUUUUUAGUAAAUGAAAUUUAAUACA